UGUAAAUAAAAUAGAAGGCAUGCCAGGAAAGGAUAAAGCUAAGGGUGUUCCUAAGGGUAAACAAGGAACCGCUUUAAAGGAUAUUUUGCCUCCAAACGCAAAGCAGCCUAGAGAGGGAGAUCCCUUCGAUCCAGUAGAGGAACCUGAAGGAGAAGAUAUUGAGAACGAAGAAAGACAUUAUGAAUACUUGCCUUAUCUAGAUUUCCCAGCUUGGCCUGGAGAUGAAGAAGUCCAACAGAUAUGUGACGAAGAAAGAGAUAAAAUUGUGGAUGAGGUAAAGAACAGCCUCGGUGAAGACGGUCAUGCCAGCGGAGAUGAAGAUAACCUCGUCGUCCCUGAUGAAAAACUCUUCUUUGAUGACUACAAGUUCUAUCUUCCUCCUUCUUAUCUAGAAUUUGAGAAGAAGAAGGUCAAGUGGAAGAGGCCUAGAGACUACAUCCAAGAAAUCAUUGACCAGAAGGAAGGUAAGAAGAAGAAAGAAAAGAAGUCUGGAGGGUCUAAUAGCAGAGCAUCAGACAUCAUGAACAAGAGUCCAGAUGAUGCAGGUGCAAAGAAGAAGAAGCAGAAGCCUCAAGAACGUCCAGAGACUGAGGAAGAAAUGAAGAUUCGUAAGGAAGAAGAAGAGAAAGCGGCAGGCAAAGAUAAGAAAAAAGCCCCCAAGAAGGGUGAAGAUGAAGAACAACCUCAAAUGGCAAGAGUUGCUAUCGAGUGUAAUAUGGAUAUGGGAUUCUUAAUGCCUACUUAUUCCAAAUGGAUGACCUCCCAAAUUCAGUUUAUUAAGGAUAGAACUGUGAGAGAUUCUGAGACUAAGGAGCAGAUCUGGAAGAGGAUUUAUCCCCAAGAAAAUGGAAUCCCUUGUAAAAGUUUAAACGGGAAGUACAGAGUCAAGCUAAGAUUUAUGGGACAAGAAAGACUUGUUGAGAUAGAUGACAGAAUGCCUUGUGAUAUCCAUAAUAAAUUGAUGUAUCCAAGAACAACUGAUUUCACAGAAAUUUGGCCGCAUUUGCUGAUAAAAGCUUUCUUCAAGCUUUACUCAUUCAAAUGGUACCCAGGAGCUCUUUAUGACAGAGAGACUGGAGACACCAGUCUUAUGUACUGUUUGACAGGGCUUGUAGGAGAGAGAAUUAAGGUAGACAACUUCCACCAAGAUGGAAUUGAAAUUUUAAGAAAGCACUUAUCAGAUGAAUAUUAUUUCGAUAAUAAGACAUAUGUAAUGACAUAUUGAGGUAUCACUUUCAAACCAAAGAUUCCUAGUAUGAUGAAAGUAGAAAAACCAGGCCAAGAUCCUAAGACUGGAAUCAGUCCUCAAGGUUUAGCCAUGACAAAGAUGGUAUCAACUCAAAAAUUAAAGUUAGCAACAAAAUUGAGGGAGAUAGCAUCAUUAGCCUUGUCAAUCACAACUGGAAAGAGGCUUACACCUGCUAUUUUAACUAAACAGAGACAGUCAUAUGUCAUCCCAGGAUUUGGAUACGCCUUAAUGGACCUUUUCGAAAACAGAACUGUUGACAUGAACACAAUCAUCAAGAAGAUCGAUAAUGAUGAUGCAAAGAGUCCGUUCAGAUCUCCAAAUAGAGGAAAGAAAAAAGUAAGGAAGCAGUCUCCAAACAUGAACAAGACAAUGACUCUCAAGAAGAAGAGUUCUAAGAGGAAAGGUAGACUUACAGGUCUUAAGGAUAAAUCAAGGACUCAGGCUGGCAAUAUUAAGAAGGUUGCACCUAUCCAGUACAAACUCUUAAAGAUCAGGACAAGUGUUGGCAACUAUCCCAUACUCAAUGUGAAUGCUCCAUUCACAAAUUCAGAGAUCAAAUUGGCCAACAAGUGCAGGCUUAAUGGAUGGGAAAGACCACCUCCAGAGUUUGAUCCUAACUUCGUCCCUGAACAGUCCCCUACAAAGGACAAUAACACUUUCAAACUAGACAUCACUCCUAUCAAAGAAGAAAACGAAACUGGGGAUAAGGUUGAUGAAAAUGAAGAAAACAAGGAAGAAGAGAAUAAGGAUGAAAAGAAGGCCUAUGAGCCUAGAACUCGUGCUCCAGGAGGUAUCUGGUUGCAAGCCUCUGACUUUCCUUACUGCUUCCAGUACUUCAUAAUCUUCCAUAACGAACAGAAAAUCAAGCAUAGAAAUAUGCACAGAGAUGUAUGGACAAUGCCAAAGAAGCCUUAUGUUGCUAAUGAAGAUGAUGUGUAUAUCAGAGUUAGAGAGAUGAAUGAGGAAGAAAAGAAAGCUGAAGAAGAAGCUCAGCCUGAAGAAGAUCCAUCUGAAGAAACAGAACAGUACAAAAAUAUUGAAGAUUAUAAGAAAGAUGACAAGAAGAGAGUCCUAGUCUCCUUCACUCCUAAUCCUACUAAGACAGAUGCUGAGAGAUUGCCAAGGUAUUAUUGUAGGCUAGAUGUGGAGAAGACUGAAAAGCACCCAGCUCCUGAGAAGACUGAAACAGAAGAUAAUAAUAUUGUCCUUAGUGAUCUUCAAGAUAGUGAAGAGGAUAGCGAUCCUUUGAACCAAAAUGACCUUCUAUUCACUUAUUAUUUCAGUGGAAAAGUGCUGGAGUUCCCAAACCUUGCAAAGAUUAUUUUAAAGCCCCAUAUUUAUGCUCCGCUUGGGUUCUUCAUUGGAAUUUCGAGUGACUGUAAAAUAGAUAUCCUGAACCAUACUCAGUAUUGUAUUGAAGAACAAAAGCUUCAUUCUAAAAAGUAUGAAAUCCAACAAGGAAAUCUUCAGAAAGAGAAAUAUUCCUUGUUGUUUAAGUUUGACUUUAACCCAACAGAGCAGGAUACUGAAUGCCAGUUUAUCCUCAGGACUGCUGACAAGUAUCUCUAUAACUUCAUGAGGCUCAAGAUUAUUGACAAGUCUUGUCCAGAUGACGAUUUAGGUGCUAAUUCUCAGCUGAGCCUGAACCAGAAGCUAUCUGAGAGCAGCUCCAUUACAACACUGAAUUUAUGUAGAACUGAGAAGAUAACUUUCCAGCCUAAUGAAGACAAGGGGUACUCCAUCAUUUGUGAAGGAAUUCUUCCCUAUGAUGUUUUUGGAAUCGACCUGGAGCUAGAGAUGAUCACUAAUAGGGAAGAACUUGAACUUGAAAGAAUCGAAAUGGUAGAACCACUCCUAUACUCUGAUGAAUAUGUUCCUUACAAGUAUGGCAUUAUUUUUAAGGAAAAGAUCUAUGUUGGCCAACAUACAUCAGCUGCCAUGAACAUCGCCUUAAAACAAAAGUGCAUUGUCGAAGAGGAGGUAGAAAACAAAGCCCAAGCUGAUAUAGAAAUUGAGAAAGCAGAAGAUCCACCUAAGGAAGAAGACAAGCAGGAUGAAGAGGGAGCCGAACCCAUUUUUGAAAUUAGAGAACUCAAGAAAAACUUCAAAGUUGAGAUUUUCGAUAAUGAAGAACUUAUCCAGACUUACCAAGGCAAUGGCCAUCUCACUAUCAGUCACUUUAACUUUAGAAGCAAUAGUGGGCUAGAAGAAAAGCCUGAGCCUAAGAAAGAAUCAGAAGGAGAUGAAGCCCCUCCUGCAGAUGGAGCUGAUGUCCCAGAAGAGGCUGACUCUAAUACUGAAUAUGCUCAUCACUAUGUUAUUCAGGCUACUUUUGAUAAGAAUGAUUGGCCAGGUGCUGUUCUCAAGAACAGCCCUGAAACCAAGGACAUUGAAUGGGAUCUCAGCGUUUUCAGUAGCGAUACUGUAGCCAUCGUUAAAGACACUGAUAAGGAAGACAGAGAGCAAGCUCUAAAGGAUUCCUGGGAAGAAGCCGAACCAGGAAGAGCAGAAAAAUCAAAGAAAAGUAGAAUCAGAUAUCUUGCUGAGCUUAAGAAAAGCAAAGGCGAAGAACUCACUGAGGAAGAACAAGAAGUUAUCAAUGAAACUAGAAUCAGAGGAGCCGCUAAUCUUGGUGAAGCUCAAGGUGACCCUAAAGCUGCUAAAGGAAAGGGUGAUAAGAAGGGAGCAACUCCCGAAGAAGAUGAGAAGGUAGAGGAAGUCCCACAAGUAUUCCCAACUUCUUCAGAUUACACAAAUCUCCACUUCAGAGAUUUUAUCCAUCACUUUGAAAGUGAUAGGCUGAUUCAUAUCAAAUGUAACAAAUCUGGGGCUCGUCUUAGAGACGAGGCAGAGAUUCUUGAAAGGAAAGCCCUUAAAGAAAAAGAAGUUGAACAAUGGGAGAAAGUCUUCAGCACCAGAAUGGAAAAUCGUGAGAUAGAAGCUAAAGAUAGAGAGGAGAAGCAAAAGCAACUCCAAGACAUCAUCAUGAAAUCCAGAGAAGACUUCAUUACAAAGACAGAAGAACUCUUCGCUAAGAGGAACGAGUACAGAGAGCUCAUCUCUAACAGGAAGUAUAAGGAGGUUCUCCUUAAUGAUGUCAUGGGCCUAGAAAAGAUAGAAAUAGCUGCACUGGAAACAGCCCUGAGUGAAGCCAAAGAAGCUCUGGUUAAUAAAGAGACUAUCGAGACUGCAGAAAAGAAACUUGAGGUCCUUAAGUACAGUAAAGGAGUAGAAGAAGAGCUCCAAGCUGCUACUUCUGAGAAAGAUGCUGACAAAAUGAGACAACUGAUUGCUAAAAUUGAGGAAGAGAACCUGAUCGUUGAGCCAAAGAUUUUGAAUGACUCUAAGAAUGCCCUGGCUAAGAUUAAGUAG